CAAUAAGUGUCUCGAUUUAGCAGUUAUUAAUUAUGGUUUAUGCGAAUAAGUAGUGAGAGGGUGGGCGGCGCAGGAAAAAAGAAACCAAUCAUCACGAGGGCGGAGGACUGACAGAAGGACAAGCGUGGCACGGCUUUUCCUUUAGCAGAACGACACCUGUCCAGACUUACAGAUGGGGCCCACCUGUGGGUGGUGCGGAGAGUCGUCGAGCCUCUCGUAUCGCGACAACACAGCUCAUUCGGCACAACUGUCACGUGGAGGUGACGGGCCGUCCGAUUUGGACGCGUGUCGAGCCGCCAUGAAUCCAGGAGACGGGGAGGGCGUUUUGGGAUACCAAAAACAGGCACGAAGCCGGUGAACAAUUUGCCCUUCGCCCUCUUCCUUUCCUUUUCCUCUCUUCCUUUCUUCUCCGCUUCUUCCGUUCGCCUCCGUCCUUCUCUAAUGGCGUCCUGUUCGGUUCUUCUCGCUGCCUUCGACUUCUAAAACCUCCCUUUUUGCUCUUUCUGAUGCGGAAAGAUCUUUCCGUUACUGGUUUCUUCGCGGCCGGUGUCUCGUAUUCAUGUUCUCGCUUUGUUACCGGCGAUUUUCCCAUGAGAACUCGAAUUGAACUUGAGUUCAGGGAGAGGUGUUAGAUCCGGUGAUCAAAAGUUCGAACUUGUUUGCAAAAGCCGACUUUUUGAUGCAAAUUUUGUAGUUUCAUUUGAAUUUUUUUUUCCGGCUUCUUCGGUUUCGGACUUUCUGUUCGAAUCUCCCGUUGGUGGUGGGCGAGGCUUAGAAGGCCGAAUCUAUCGGGAAUGGAGAAGUAUCCGAGAGAUUUUUUGCGUAGAUUCGUGGGUAAUAGCUUCAAAGACGAGCCGACAGAGGUAACGGAAGGGGACUCCGACGAGAUCGAGCUCAGCCUCGGGCUCUCCCUCGGCGGGUGCUUCGGCGCAGCAGAUCACUCUAAGAGGGAAAAGCUGGUCCGCUCUUCCUCCAUCGCGUCGUUCAUGACGCUUCCGAGGGAGCCGGAGUUCCCGGCUGUCCCCGCCGCCUCCUUGACGAGGACGAGCUCGCUGCCGACGGAGACAGAGGAGGAGCUACGGAAGCGGAAGCAGAUGCAGAGCUUGAAGAGGUUGGAGGCGAAGCGGAAGAGAUUGGAGAGGAAGAAUUCCGUCAGGUUGGGGUCGGCGAAGCCCGGCGAGAACCCUGACGAGGAUGCCAGCGGAAGAAAAGGCUCGAAUCCAGCAGCCGUGGAGCAGGCGGCGGCUAACAAUAGUUACCUCGGCGCAAGAAAUGCCGUUGCGCGGCAUGGCCGACCCACAUGCGCGGUGGCUCAGUCUUUGAGAAUGGGGAGCUUUCCUCCGAUCUCGCAGGGGUCUAUUGGAUCUCAGGGGAGCUGCGGCGGCAGCAGCAGCACCAGCACUGCCGAUUUAGAAGCCCCGGCGCCUCAAGGCUCGGGCUCCUCGAUGACGAGGAAGAGCAAUGAAACGGUAACAAAUCUUCAAGCUGCUCCGAGCGAAAGCGGGGCGAAGGAGAUGGCGAGGAAGAAGGUGAAGGAGAGGAUGCCGUUCGUGUCGACGCAGGGCGAAGGCCCUAACGGGAGGCGGGUCGAAGGGUUCCUGUACAAGUACGGGAAAGGGGAGGAGGUGAGAAUAGUGUGCGUUUGCCAUGGCAGCUUCCUCACCCCUGCAGAGUUCGUCAAACACGCCGGUGGCGUGGAGGUCGCCAACCCUCUCCAGCACAUUGUUGUCAACUCCUCCCCGUUCGACUUGUGACACUCGCCGACUUGAUCUUCAAAAGUGAUAACAAUAAAACGAGAUGAUGUUUUAGCGCAGCAGCAAGUAAAUCUCAAAAUCGUUCGUGUAAAUCUCGAAAGCUAUUUUUGAUAAACAGAUCAGAAUUUGAGCGUUUUCUUUUCUUAUCAAA